AUGACUGGUACCGAGGACGACAGCCAGAAUCCAUUCUACCUCGAGAAAGACGCCACGGGGCCAUACGACACUGUCGGCGGAGAGUAUCUCAAGUAUGCUGGGCUGGCUUGGAGAGGCGGGGGCGAGGCGGAGAAGGAUGCCAUGAGUGCCAAUGGUAUUCCGACUCGAGAAGGCAACGGCUGGGUGGAUAGCGAUUCCGCCGGUAGUGAUUUAUGGGAGGGUGAGCCUACCAAAGACGACAUCCCGCUCAAAUACAAGAUUGGCGCGUUCUGUCUGAUCUUGUUCUUUGCCACGGGCAAGGAUUUUAUCAAGGGUGUCGGGAGUCCACUCAAAUCUACUUACAAGAAGCAGCUGGACAUCACGAAUGCGCAGUACGGGACAAUCUCGAGCGCUUCCGGCUUGGUCAAUACCAUCAUCCCCAUCCUCGGCGGUAUCUGCAUGGACUAUUGGGGUUCUACUUACACUGCCGUCAUCGCCGGGCUUUUUGUCUUUGUCGGCAACAUUGUGGCUGCCGCUUGUUCUAACACCGACGAGUAUGGCCUCCUCGUUGGCGGACUUAUCAUCAUGGGUUUCGGGUCUUCCGUGGUCGAAUCGGUCCAGUCCAAGCUCUACACCCAUUGGUUCUCCGGCUCCUCCCUCGCUCUCAUGUUUGCCCUCGAUAUCGCCUGGAACCGGAUCGUCUUUGUUGUCUCCAAAGUUACGGCUGUACCCAUGACAGAGAUCAACGGCUUCUGGGGCUGGGCGCUCUGGAUCCCCGCCAUCAUCUCGGGUGUCAACUGGGGGAUUAUCUUGGCGUAUUGGUUCUACGAAGGCAAAGUGGUACCCAAGGUAUACAGACCUGGUGUCGUCAAGGGCAAGAAGGGAAAGAGGAUCGGCUGGGCCACGAUCUUUGGAAGUACGGGGACCUUGAGGAGGUUGCCAAAAUUCUUUUGGAUCUUCUGCGGCUCUCAGCUAUUCCAGAAUGCCGCCGUCGACGUGUACUCCACCAACCUCGCAGACAUUCAAACCGUAACCAGAGGGACUUCAAAGCUUGCUGCUGGCUACAACUCUGCAAUCUCUCAGGUCAUCCCUAUCGUUUUAACGCCUCUUACCGGGUUCUUCUAUGACAAAUUUGGAUACAGGAUGGCUUUCGUAUCCUUCACGGCCAUCCUGUACAUCAUCGUCUUUGCCCUCAUCGGCCUUACCCAAGUCGCACCUCUUUGUCCUGUCAUCAUCUCUUCCUUCGCCCUCACCACCAACGUAAUCACCUUCCUCUCCGCCAUUCCCAUUCUCGUCGGCGACGACAGACUUCUCGGUACGGCAUUCGGCGUUUGGAAGGCGUUCAGUAACUGCAACUCUAUCGUACUCGACGUCGCUGCCGGUGCUAUCCAAGACGACUCCUCCACCGGCUCAUACGACGGCAUGAUCUACUUUAUCAUCGCCAUCAAAGCCGUCGAAGUCGUGCUCGGGCCCAUCUACUUUUACCUCGACCGUAUCUGGCUCGGCUCUUCCCUCCGAGUCCCCGAGAAGAAGCGUGUUCAGAUCCGAAUGGAUGCUGUGCGAGCGGCGGUGGAGAGGGGUCAAGGUGAGGAAGGUGUUGGGGCAAAGGGGUCUGGGUAUGAGGGGUGGAAGAUUAGUAAGGCGACUACUUGGGUGGUCGGGGCCGAGUUGGUGGGGUUGAUCAUUGUGGCGUGGGUCAUGUUCUUUGUUUAUACUAUUGGUUAG